AUGGACAACUAUGGAGAAAGUGAUGCGCUGAAGAAGAAGAAGAAGAGCGAUGCGCUCACGGUGCAGUUCCGUCAGAUCCUGAAGAAGAUUGUCACCGCGAAGGAGUCCAUGGGCGACAUCACGAAAACCUCGUCGUUCGCGCUCACCGAGGCCAAGUACGUCGCCGGCGACAAUAUCAAACACGUGGUCCUCGAGAAUGUCCGGGAAGCCUCCCUCCGCGUCCGCUUGCGCCAGGAAAAUGUCGCCGGUGUCAAGCUCCCCAAGUUCGAGUACACCUCCGACGCUGACGCCAACAAGAACGACCUCACCGGACUGGCGCGGGGCGGCCAGCAGGUGCAGCACUGUCGUGCCGCCUACAUCAAGGCCAUCGAGGUUCUCGUCGAGCUCGCCUCGCUUCAGACCUCGUUCCUCACUCUCGAUGAGGUUAUCAAGACCACGAAUCGUAGGGUUAACGCUCAGGAGAAUGUGGUGAAGCCGCGGUUGGAGAAUACGAUUAGUUACAUCAAGGGGGAGUUGAUGAGCUUCGAGAGGGAAGAUUUCUUCGGGCUGAAGAAGAUUCAGGGGUAUAAGAAGAGGGAGAUUGAGAAGCAGAUGUUGUUGAAGAAGGUUGAGUCUAAUUUACCUCUGCACAAAGCGGUUUCUUACAAUUCCUCUCAUUUGUUGGCUGUGGGUGACAAAGAUGAGGAUAUUAUCUUCUAAA